UGUGGGUCUUGGUCUCUUUAACAGCUUACAUUGAAAUUUAAUUGCAUGCAUUUCAAUUCUACUGAUCCUGUCCUGUUUUCACUUUGUUUUGUUGGGGGAUUUAGGAAGCAUUUGCUUUUGUUGCUCUAGGAAGAUCUCUCUGUUAGUACCAUUCUUGUAAUUACUGAAAAUCCAACUGGAUAUGGUUAACAUUUCAAGUGAUUUGAGUAUCUCUAUCAGAUUAUUUUGCUGCUGGAAGAUGUCAUGUGUGUGUGUGUGUGUGUGUGUGUGUGUGUGUGUUUGGUUUCAAAGGACUAUUCUGUUCGAAGGGAUUGACAAUUUGCAAGAUUGGGUGCUAUGGUUCUCUUAAAAGCUAGGGAAAAAUCUUGAUUUUAGCAGUUAAUAUGCUUUCCAGUAGGAGCUUAGGAGGUCUGGUUGCCUUGUAGAAGUUAAAACACUACUGAGGCCUUUCCUUUCUUAUUUUUGAUGAUAAAUUUUAGUGCUUUGCACUGAUUGAAUGUUGAGUUUUAUUGAGACCUUUCCUUCUCUCAGUUUUCAUCCAGUAUUUAGGAAACCUCUUGUUGUAUUCACGACCACUCUUGCAUUGAAAUGAACCUAUCUUCCCUCAGAUACGUUGAAUUUGUUUCUGUUGUUAUUUUUAAAUGAAGUUGACAUAGUUUGUUCUCUUUGGGUUGAAUGUAAUAUGGGAGAUUAGUAUUUCUAUGGAGAAUUCCUUGGUGUUCCCUUACUAGUUUCUUCUGGGUUGAUCUUGAUAUCUCGAAUGAAAAGAUCUUGAUAAAUUUUUCUUGUGAUGAAACAUGGAGGACCCAUUUUUACAUCUUGCAAGCUUGAGCUCUUAUAUAGCCCAGCAAUUUGCUCAAUUUAUUGAAGAUCUUAUCUGCAUAGAUAUCUUUGGGUGGUCGGAAAAUUUAGUUGGCUUUGGUGGUCAGCAUGUAACCUUCACCAGUAACAGGGGUUACAGAUCUGUUCAUGAAGCGUCCUCAUUUUCUUCAAGAGUGUCCAACCAAGGAUCAAGCCUUAUAAUUCGUGAAAGAAGCACCUCCAAUCCCAAUGAUAGCUUACCUGUACAUUCAAGAUUAGAGAUUGUGAGAAGUAAUCAAAGUUAUGGAGGUUUCAGCCUCAUUUUUGAAGGGUUGAUGCUUCCAGUAUAUGGUCUAAGAUAUGCUUGGAAACUUAUGGUGGCCUCUUGGAGAUGUUUUAUAUCUCAUAUCCGAUGUGCUCUAGUUCAAGUUCAGAGUGUUAUAUCUCGUGUCCUUAAAACCUUGCAUGGAUCUUCUGAUGACAUUGGGUGGAUGCAACGAGCUCCUGAAAUGGCUCCUGUAGUUGAUGGCUCAGCUAGAUUUAGAGAACUACUACAAGAUAUUAGGAAUGGACAGCACACACUACCGGAUUCUUUUGUUUAUCUACUAAUUCCAGGGUUUUUCAGCAAUCACGGUCCCUUAUAUUUUGUGAGCACUAAGAAGUUCUUUUCAAAGAUGGGACUAAUUUGCCAUAUUGCUAAGAUUCAUAGUGAGGCAUCCGUGGAACAAAAUGCAUGGGAAUUGAAGCAAUACAUUGAGGAGUUACACUGGGGGUCUGGCAAACGUGUGAUGCUGCUUGGUCACAGUAAGGGUGGGGUCGACGCCUCCGCUGCUUUGUCAAAAUAUUGGCAUGAAUUAAAGGAUAAAGUUGCAGGGCUGGCAUUUGUGCAGAGCCCUUAUGGUGGGACGCCUGUUGCAUCAGAUAUUCUUCGUGAAGGCCAGAUUGCUGACAAGGAAACGCGAAGGAUCAUGGAGUUUUUAAUAUGCAAGCUAAUUAAGGGUGACAUACGGGCAUUAGAGGAUCUCACGUAUGAGAAGCGACAGGAGUUCAUAAAAAACCACAAGCUUCCUGACGAUAUUCCUCUCAUCUCCUUCCAUUCUGAAGCCAGUAUAGCACUGAACGUAAUAGCAACAAUGUCCCAUAUUGCACAUGCUGAACUUCCUUGGCUACCUUUGCCUGGGUUUGGUGACAAUGACUCAGCAGAUGUCAUCCAAGCAGGCUGCAAGGUGCCUGUUAUGGUUCCUGUUUCUGCUGGACUCGCUUUUUGUGCACUCCACCUGCAAUUAAGGUAUGGAGAGAAGAGUGACGGUCUAGUGACCUGUCGUGAUGCUGAAGUACCCGGUUCAGUGGUGGUAAAACCAGACAUGAAGCUUGAUCAUGCUUGGAUGGUAUAUUCAUCAUGGAAAAAGGACCCAAAUGAACCGGAUGCUAGUGAAAUGUGUGAAGCUAUGUUAACUAUGCUUGUGGAACUCGGUAAGAACAGAAAGAAGCUUUGUUAACUUUGCAUAUCAUGUCAGAUCAAUCCUUUGAACAAUCAAGUUCCAAAUACUAGAUGGAAAUGAAAUAUCAUAUGUUUGUUCCAACAUUUUCUGAUUAAUAUGCCAGGAUAUGGUUUUGUUUUAA